AUGCAUUUAGCUAGAGAACGUUCAUUAGCUGAUGCAAAUAAAUAUCCUGCAUCACUUCAAUUUUGGGUAUAUGAACUUAAUAUACGACGAGUACAUAACAUCAAUUUUGAUAAAUGGCAUUUACGUGGUUUCGUUCAUAUAUUUUCCAAAAUGAUAAAAAAUAAUGUCGAUAUUAUAUCUGAAAAAGCUAUACUAGAAAUUUUAAAAGCACUUAAUGAUGAACUUGCAAAUGGUAGUAGUAAUG